AUGGAUCAAGAAAAGCAACAGACCAAUGGCAACGGCCCUGCCGACACGCCCACCCAGAAUGGCGAUACCGCUCCAGCCCCUCCGCCGCACAAGACUCCUACCACCCCUCCACCAAGCACCGAGGAUGCUGAGGCCUUCAAGGCUGCUGGAAACAAGUACUUCAAGGCUGGAGACUACACCAAGGCUAUUGCAGAGUACACAAAAGGUUGA